AUGGCCGAGCUGCUAGCAGAUUCCAAGGCAGCGGUCGAAGCGACAGCAGAGGCUAUCAUUGAGCAGCUGGAGAAUACCUCCGCCGAGGUCGCUCAGAAGGACCAGGAUAUCGAGCUCGAGCAGGCCGGAUCCGGAGACGGGUCCGGCGCCAAGCCCGUUCCUGAUUCGAGUCGCAGUACAACCUUUACCAUCGCCGCCUUUCACGACGGCGGGGCCACUUGUGUCUUGCACACAAACGACUUUUGUGAGGCUCGUCUGCCAUCGCUCUGCUUGCCCCGUGGUGUGCGUGUGGGGACCGUCCUGCACCUUCAGGUCGACGUUGACACGGACACGACUCGCGACCAAGUUGACCAGCUUGCAGCUCUGCAGACCAAGCUGCUUGUGGAAAUGGAACACGGCCAGUAG